UGGCGCGAAGACGCUCAAGCCACGUGACCAACCGUCAACAAACCAACCCUUUCAUCUGUGGUUCAGUUGGCUAACUAAUUUACUUGGCGGGGGUGAACAGUCUUACAAAUGCUUGACAAUAAAAUAGUGAAGUUAUACCUAAUAAGAUAAGGGAUAAUUGUUAACAGAAUGACUGCGACAGAAGAAACAUCUUUGUGGAGAGAGAAACUUGGGGAGAAGAUCAAACAAGAUCAAGAUCUGCUGACAUUCGUUAGUGACACCCUCAAAAUAAGUGAUCAGCUGACUAAAGGCAUGGUGUCCAUUCUCUCAUCGUUCGAGGGCCGUCUGGAGCACCUGGAGAACUCGGCCAUUCCCAUGCAUGACAGCACACAGAACCUACUGCAGCUGAAGGGGACAAUGCAGAAUACAUUAUUCUACCUGGACGAUGCCAUCAGCCAUUACCAAGCCGUCCGAGACACAGACAAGGUCAUCAUACAGGGGCCUGCAGGAAGACUGUCUGACUAUCUAGCAUGUGUUCACCGACUCAAAAAAGCAGAGGAGUACUUUCAACAGGAAGACCCGGACGGGCCUGAGCUGAAUAUAGACUCCACCUCCCAUACCUUCCCAUCCUGCAAACCCAAGCCCCCAGCUUCCACCUCCUACAUCCUGCCAUACUUCAGACCCAAGCCCAGCUCAGCCUUUGAUAUCAAGGCCCACUACGCCAAGGUGCGCUCCAAUCAGUUGGACUGCUCUAUGAAGGGUUUGAAGGACCACAAGAGUAGGAACCUCCUCUACCCAGUGCUGCAGAGCAAGCACGUAUAUUCUGCCAUCAAGAAGAACAAGAAAACAGGGAGGGACAGCAUAUUAAACAUUAAGAUUGAAACCUACAUCGCCUGCAUCACAGCCUUCUUGUCCCUGGCCAAGAGUGAAUACACCAUGGUGUCCAAAGUCUUCUCUCUGAACUGCACCAAUACCUUUGAAACGCUCAUCCAGGUGGCUCUGAACCAGCUGAUCCAGAGUGGGGAGAACAUCGUGUCCUCUGUCAGACGAGCCUGUUCACAUCACGACUACACAGCCCUCGUCGUCAUGUUACCUGUCCUGGGCCGUCUCCUGGAGGAGGACAAAGAGUUUAACACAUUACUAAAGGUGCCAUAUAAUACUGAGAGGACAGUUUGA